GUGUCGCAUAGUUUGUGUGGAAGCGUGGUGUUUGUCCGAGAAACAACGACAACGUGUUUCCAAAUGUCAUUUUGCCGAGUGGCUUUGUCGUUAAUGUUACAGUUACAAACGCCUCGUACUUGUUUGACUCUGUAGCUAACGUUAAAGUUAGCUCGUUAGCUGAAGUUAUGAAUUUAGCUAACUAGCUUAAAGCUACACAGCCUGCGCGAGACACACCUGUGCAAGGUCAAAGCAUGGCGGAUGACCCACAGAGGAAUUUUCGCUCUGCAUAUUAUGAGAAAGUGGGCUUCAGAGGAGUAGAGGAGAAGAAAUCUCUGGAAAUUCUGCUGAAGGAUAAUCCCCUAGAUCUAGAGAAGCUGAGCACCUUCAGUCAGAGGUUCCCCCUUCCCUCUAUGUACAGGAUCCAUGUGUGGAAGGUAUUGUUGGGCAUCCUACCUCCCCACAGUGACUCUCACGCUCUGGUGGGAGGCUACAGGAAGGAGCAGUACCAGGACAUCUUAGAGGCUCUGGAGGUGAUGAGAUACAUUAACUCGUCCACACCCUCCAUCCACAUCUACCUGCGCAUGUUCCAGCUGGAGAGCCAGGUGCUCCCACGUUGCUCUGAGACCUCUGCCCCGGAUGAAGAGAACGAGGACUUUCUCUCCAUCAGUCGAGCCAUGGAGGAAAUCGUAGACGAUACUAUCGACUGCUAUUGGCUGAUCAAGUGUUUCGUCAAUCAGUUCCACACAAAGUUUGGAGACUCUGUACCCCACCUUCCGAAGAGCCUUGAGCAUUAUCUGAGUCAGGAGGAACCUCGGCUGCUGAACCAUCUGAAGAGCAUGGGAGCGCUGUCUCGGCUGCCCUACAGCCUCUGGUUCAGACGCUGCUUCGCCGGCUGCCUGCCAGAAUCCAGCCUGCAGAGGGUGUGGGACAAGGUGAUCAGUGGCUCCUGUAAGAUCCUGGUGUUUGUGGCCCUGGAGAUUCUGCUCAGCUAUAAGAUCAUGUUGAUGGGUAUCAACCGGCCCGACGGCGUGGUCAAGUUUCUGUGCAAUAUACCACAGGAAAACACGGACGCCAUUGUAACUAAAGCUAUCGACUUGUGGCACAAAUAUUGUGGAACGCCGAUGCACGCUGUAUAACCACAUGGAGGUCCACAGAGGAAGUGCUUCACAGGAUGAACCAGGAUUCACUCCUAACUCCACUGAGAGACCGACAGACUGCGUCAGAGGGGAUUUGUCUCUGCAUGACUGAACUGAAAACUCAUCACAGGCUGCUUCCAAUCAGCCUGGGAACUUGGGAGCCAAUUUCCAGCUUUCCCUGGAGACCAUGAUAAAUUGGUAUGUGGAAAGGACUGUUUAACAGAGUUAGUGCACAAAAUCUUUUUGGAAAGAGGCAAGAGAGCAUAAACUUAUU